AUGUCUAGUUCACUCAAAUAAUCGGCACUUUUAGCUGCUUUUAAUCACAAAGGCAUUAACCCAUUACCUAAAUACGAGGACAUUCGAAUAGGUCCUCCAAUAGUUCGCCCCAAUCCUUAAUAAAUCAAAGAGAAACCUUACUUUUAGUAACAAGAAAAAAAGCUAAGUCAAUCCCAAGUUUCAAAGCAAAAAGCACAACAGGAAUCUGUAAUCGUUUAGCAUAUUCGAAUAAUAUUCAUGUUUUAUGUCUAAUUUGGCAAUAAAACAAGUAUUUAAUAUUUAAAAUCAAGUAAAUUUAUUAAAUCUAUGGCGGAUGCUGAGAUAUUAUCAUAAGAAAUAACUAGCAAAGAUCUCGAUAUCUUAUAUUUCUAAACUACAAAAAAUACAGAAACUCUUACCUUAGACUAAUUUAAAGAUCUACUUGUGAAAAUAGCUAUUAAAUUAUAUAAGAGUCCAGAGUAAUCAAAGUCUUUUGUGUUACUUUAUAAAAAUCAUUUAUCAAAACUCUAUGAAAAAAUAAAUGAUUAAACAGAUUUUGGCUAUGAUUUAAAGAGAAUAGAGGCUUGUCGAAGUUAAAUUGACGAAUAAUUCUUAGAAAUCAUAUCUCAGGUUUAAGGAUUAUUGUGUAAAAUACAUGGGUAUAUAUUUUCUGAUUAGAGUUAAAAAGUCUCUCAAAUUUAAAGCUAAUACAUGCAUUUUCUAUAAUAAUUUGAAAUAAUUCCUCUAAUUAUUACAUAGACAAAGGCUUAGAUGAUAUUUUUUGAUUUGUUCCACAGAGAUUCCAUAUUAAAUUUAAAGAAUGAUGGAAAGUUUUUAUUUAAUUUCUCAAAGUUUGUAGAGAGUUUAAUUAUUAUUUCAUUUCAUUAAGUAUAAGAAGACAAUCAAAGUGGAUUUGAUUUAUUUAUUUAAUUACUAGAAAGAAUGGAAAAUUCACUGGGAUUUCAAUACUUUUCAAAGUAAAAUUAUUAAACAAAGAAUGAGUAAACUUAAUUAGUAAUGGGAUUGACCAGAGUGAAUUCUGCAAAGUAGAGUAGAAUUUCUACUGUUUAUUAAUCUUAAUAAUAAUAAUUUAAUUCUAAUUUAAAGCAAUCCUAAUUAGUUGAAGAUAACAAAUUAAACAAAAUUAAUUCUUAAAUACCUUAUGAAAAAGAAUUAAGAAAUAUAUUUGAAUAUUACUCAUAAAUAGGAGAACCCAUCAAUUUAGUAAACUUAAAAAGUAUAAAAUAUAAAAAACUUCUCUAAAAUUGUGGUAUUAUUGGAAGUUUGAUCACUUAAGUAGAUGCUGAUAUGUUUUAUAUUUAAUCAACACCUAAAAAGAAAUUGGAUUCAACCAAAAGUCCGAAAUUUAAAGUCAAUAAAUUAUAUGACAAUGAUAAUUAAAACGGCAAGAUGGAUUUUAUAAAUUUCUAUAAUUCAUUGUAAAUGAUAGCAGAAAAGUUUAAUGGCAAUGAUAUAAGCGGAUUAAUUGAGCAAUUCUUGAUACCACUUGAAACAUAAAUAAGAAUAGAAAAACAAGAGUAUAUUUUGCAGAUUUUGAUGAUGAUAUUAGAUGAUCCAAGAAUAAAUAAACUAUUUGAAAUUAUGCAAGAACAUUUUGAACCAUAUUAUAACCACUAUACAAAAGACUUAAUGACACUUUCAGGAUACAUGAAAUUUUGUUCAGAUUUUGAAUUAGCAAAUGCUAUGGUAUCUAAAGGAUAGCUUAUGCAUGUUUUCAAAGCUAUUGCAUCUCUAAAUAGUACUGAGACAAUUGAUAAGCGCUAAUUUGUUGAAGCAAUUAGUGUAAUAGCUAUUUUAAUCUACAACAAUGUUAAUGAUAAUGAAUAAAAAAUUAUCUAUUUAUUAGAAAGAAUAACUUAAAGUGAUGGAGCAAUAAAGGUAUCCAAAUAAUUAGGAAUAAUGAAAAACCCAUAAAAUACAAAUCUAAUUUAAUUGUUUCGCUAUUAAUCUAACAAAGAUUUAACAAACAAAGAAGAAAUUAACUUCAAUAACAUAGUAAACUAACUUCAGUAUGAUUUUUGA